UCGGGCAAUAAUUUGUUAUUAAUUGCUAUAAUUACAUUUAGAGAAAAAAAAAUAUUUUUGCUUUAUUCCCCUUCAUAAAGUUCAAAAUUUCCAUUGUUCUCUUUUGUCAAAGGAAGCUUUACACAUUGCCCCCUGAAAUAUUUCAAUUUUACAUUAUAAAUACCUGGCCAAAUUCCCCUGAUAUUUACCGUAAAACCAAGAUGGCAUUCUCGUAAUAUUUCUCAACUCUGAACCCCUUCUCCAAAAGCCAAGUUCGAAUUCAAACACAGCGAUGACCGCCCCCGGGCUCCGCCAUUCCCAAUCCUCAGAGAUCGCCGAAACCCUAACCUAGAAUCCAACGCCGCCGGCGAUGUCCUCUGCCGUUCCUUCACCUGCAAUCCACUUCCCCUUCGAGGACGACCGGGAUCUGGACGACGCUGAGCUCUGGGCUGUGAUCGAUUCCGCAGCUGCAUCCCUUUCUUCUCGCCCUCGCAAACCCGUUCUCGCCCUCAAGAAUAGCUACUCCCCUGCCCCAGCCCCCUCCCCUGCUCUCUCGAAGAUCCCUCGAAACCAUCGGCCCCAGAUCGCACCAGCGGAGGACGGGGAGGUGGUUCAGAGAGAAGAGUGGAUGGCGUGCCAAAGGCCGCAUAAGAUGGCGAGGGUUGGGGAUCAUGGGAUGAGUGUCACCGAUCACCGAAUGGUGGUUGUGAGGCAUCAGCAGAGAUCCCCGGUGGUGGCAUCGUCGUCGUGCUCCUCGCCGGAUAUGGGAAGGUUCAUGGUGAAGGAGGUGAGCCCGGUGGUGGAGAGUCCGCCUUCAGAUUAUCGCCGUGGUGAGGAGCAGAAUAAUCGGGUUCACUGCUUAUCAGGGCGGUUUCCCUCGGUUUCUAUGUUCAAGGACUACCAGAAUUCAGCUAUGGCGAUUCUAGAGAAAUCAGAUUACAUUAUGAUAUCUGGGAGCCCCUAUAUCAAAAAGUCAGGAUGGAGGAAGAUUUCAUGUUUCUUCAACAUUUCAUUUGAAAUCAGAGAUAAAUCUAUUGAAUUUGAUGAGAAUAGAAAUGUCCAACGAGCUGAAUUUGUUGCCCGUGCUUUAAUGCAAGGUGGAAGGUUCUCAGAUGGAUGGGGUUCUUGUGAACGGCGUGAGAAAAGGUUUUUGAAACCAAACCAUGACAUACCUAGCACUGCUGAAACCAGGGCCAAAAAUAAAGCUUGCCAAGACCUGCUUGGGAUCGGAGAGUACCGUCCUGGUGCAGUCAACAAUUACUGAUAGAAGUGACACCAAGCUACAGAAACAAAGAUGGCAAUCCGAAAUCCAGGAUGGUGGAUGGCCUCUUGGACUUGUUAGGAAUCUUGAUUUCUCUGGCUCUCUUUCUUUCACUCUUUCUUCAUCCUCUAUUUCUUCAUCAGACUUAGAUACAGAGUCUUCAAGAUCAUUCUUCUAUGAAAGGAGAAGCAUCACACUUGGAAGCCUCAUUGGAUUCUCAGACAAACAAGACUCUCUGAAAGAAAAAGAACCAAAAGUCCAAAGCUUGUUUGUCUCUGUGUUCAAUGACUCAACUUAUAAACUGCCAAAAGGCUAGUGUUACUCCUCCAUCCUUGGGUCAUUUUCUUGAAGAGGAGAGAAGAAGGAAUCAAAGUCUUAUUACAUAUGAACUUCAUGGAUUACCUGACAAUAAAGCAUCUCCAGAGUCUAGUAACACUCUCUUCUCAAAUGGUUUCAUUGUUCCACCAAAAGUUGGUGAACCUGUGACUGUGAAGAAACAGACAUGCUGGCUCUGGUGAUAAUAAUAUCUUGUCAUUGUUUAUCUUUUCAUUGAAUUCAAUGUCCAGCAAAGCUAUUAAUAAAGAAUGGGCCAGAUCAAAAGAAACUUGUGACUUGUUUUCUCUGUCUGUCUGUCUCUGUUUUUCUUUUUUCAAUCUCUGAUC